GAAAAAGUUAGAAAUUUUUACACGUAGAUUUUGGCCAAGUUCCGUACGGCGGAGAACCGUUUUUUUCUCUCCUCUGUCGCGUUCCGCGUAUCGUGUUCACCUUGUCGUGCGGGGGUGUUUGUUCGGGACAUUCUUUUGCCAGCAGCAGGUUGGGUUUGUGAAUGAAGAAGUGUUAGUGUUUUCCCGAGGAAUGUUCCAGCAUUAGAGCGGAGUCCGAUGUCCGUGUGACCACAGCCCAAAAAUGUUUAAAAAACUCAAGGAGAAAAUCACGGAGGAGGUGAAACAGUCCCCCCAGCGCUUCGAGCAACUGUCCAAGGGUCUACAGGCCGCGGUCAGCUCGGCUUCAUCGACGACUUCGGAGGUUUCCGGAAGUGAAAACUUUUUUAGCAUAACAGAAGAUGACACCCCCCAAAAUUCACCGUUACGCAAAUCGCAAGCCCUAAACAGCACCAGCACCAGUACGCCGGUCCAACCGCCGGCUACGCCAAAUCAAAUCAACAACAACACCUUGGGGAACAGCAGCAUUUCAUCGUUUUCGGGGCUGGCCUCCAACUCGACCGCAAAUGCCACGACCAGCAGCAGCAACAACACCAACAACAACACCAGCAGCAAUAGCAUCAACCUUGGCGGAUCGUUCUUCUCGAGCUUUGCCGGGGGAAAUGCGGCCGCCACCAACACCAGCUCCUCCGCCAAUGGUUCCAGCAAUAACGGAGUGUCGCCGACCGUCGCCUCUCGGGUUCGCCGGCUGUCCAACUCAUCGAUGGCGAGCGAUGUGUCGUUCCGGUUGCCGUCGUACGAUUCACCUGCGAUCUACCACCUGGAGACCGACGUCGACGUAUCGGCCAGCGAGACGGAAUCCGUUUCUGGUGCAGCCGCCAGCAACGGUCAGCUGGACCUCGUCAGCAAAGACAAACUGUUUCAGGCGUACAAGAAAGCACUCGACCGGUACCAGAAGUAUCGCGAACGGUACACGGAACUGGCGCGACGCUACCGUGAGCUGGAAAAGGACAACACCAAGGCUCGCUCGGUCCUGGUGGAGACACAGGACAAAGCACUGCGGCGAAUCAGCGAACUCCGCGAGCAGUGCUCGCUGGAGCAGCAAGCCAAAGCCCACCUAGAUUCGGCCCUGCGCAUGGAAAUCGAAGAGCUGCAGUGCGUGGUGAAGACACUCAAGACGAAGCUGGAAGCCGUUGGUGACCAUGUGGACGGCGAGCAGCAGGAUGCGGUCAAACCUGACGAGCCGGACUUGAUUUCGUUGAGCGGAGGAGAUGACGGCGCAGCGACUUGGGAAGCCAAGAUCAAGGCGCUGGAAGAAAAGCUGGCUGGAGAAGCUCGGGUGAAGGAUGCGUUGAGUGAAGAAAUUGUCGCGCUGAAGAAGCGCGAAGAGGAACACUCGAUAUCCCUCGCGGAAAACAAAAUGGCCAUCCACUCCGAGCUGGAAAGCAAAGAAGCCGAGGUCCGGAAGCUGAAGGAACAACUUCAGAGCAUCGAGAAGAGCAUGAAGCAGGUGCUGGUGGAGAAGGAUACGCUCGGGAAGGAGGUGACCGAGCUGAAAACGAAGCUCACGGCAGUCGAGAAGACUGCGUCUAGGGUGAAAGAACUGGAAGCUACGGUAUCGACAUGUAACGACCAGAAGAACAAGCUGGAAUCCAAAUUUGUCGAGUUCGAACGAAAGAUACUCGAAUUGGAGAAGGAGAAGCAACGAAUGAAGGGCUCAAGCCAAUCCUUCGAGCAGGAAAAGGUUGAGCUGUCGAAGAAGUUGCAAGAAUCCGAAGUGAAGCUGACCGCUGCGGCAAAAGAAAACGAGAGCCUUGCGGCGAAGCUUGCACAGCUGGUCGCCCAGUCUAAGGAUCUUACGCCUACGGCGGAAGUCGACGCGCUGAAGAAGCGAGUCGAUGAGCUGACCGCCACUCGCGACGAUUUGCAGCAGUCGGUGAUGAAUUCGCUCAAGGACCUUGACGUGUAUCGCCAAAAGCUAGCGGAGAGUGAGCAAGCCGUUCAGGAGGUUGACUCGCUGAAAAGCUUAUUGUCUGAUAAGGAAAUGGUCGUUCAGGACCUUAAGAGUCAACACGAAGAGGUCAGCGUCAGGUUAGAGUCGACUCAGAAAGAACUGGAAGAAAAGAACAAAAAACUUAUCGAGCAAGAAGAUAAGAUAUCUGAGUUGAAGAAAACCAUUACGCUGGACCAGGAACGGCUGGUCGAGGUGACCAAAGCUCUCGAUGCGCAAAAGGAGAUACACGACAAGGACCGCGCCAGCAAUGAAAACAGUUUGAAGGAAGUUUUCGACCAGAACAACCACUUGACGGCCGAGUUGAAACAGUUCAAGGAUAAGCUGGAGAAGGUGAACGGCAAGUUCAAGAAGAUCACCGACGAAAAGGGCAGUCUAAAGUCGCAGAACGAGCAGCUCCAGGCGGACAUCAAAGCUUGCAAGCAGGAGGUAAACAGUUUGCACCAGCAAAAGGCUGCGCUCGCCGAGGAAAUUCGGAACAUCAAAAUUAUCAGUGAAAACACGGAAUCGGAAGCGUUGGAGUCGCUGCAGGAGUCGAUGCGAGUGAGCUUGGCGCAAGCUGAAGAGCGGUUGCUGGAAACGACUCGCGACUUGAACCAAGUGAUUGAACUCAAGUCGGAGGAGAACCGGAAGCUGCUGGAGGAACGUGACGAACUGGCGGAAAAGCUUGAAGGUAGUCAGAAGGAGAAGGAAGAUCUGGCUACGGAAGCUGGUACGCUCAAAUCUAAGGUUGAAUCGCUGCGGAAUGAAAAGAAGGACCUGGAAAAGACGCUGGAACGAGAGAUCCGGGAGAAGACCGAGCUGAAGGCACAGGUGACAAACAUUCUGCAGGAGAUUGGCCGACUGGAGGAACAGCUGAAGGAGGUGAAAACAUCCCACUCGGCGAUUCUCGGUGAGAAGCAAACGCUGGAAGAGAAGAUCGAGCGGCUGCAGCGACAACACGUGGAAGCGAAAAGCAAAGCCGACAAGGAGAGCACGCACCGGUGGCAGGCGAAGAUAAAGGAAGGUGAGACGAAGCUGCAGCAGGUCGAGUGCGAGAACUCCCAGUUGGCCGAAAAGAACUGCUUGCUGGAGGAGAGCCAGCGACGGACUGCGGAAGAAAUCAAGAAGCUUCAGACGGCCCUGCAGGAUGCGGAAAGCGCGGUCAAGCACGACAAGAAAAAAGGGAAAGAGGUUGAGGAGUGGAAGAAAAAGUGCCAGGAGCUGGAAGAAAGACUCAGCCAGUGUGCCGGAGAUCACGCCAAGCUGUUCAACGAGAAGGAACUGCUCGACCAUCAGCACCGAUCGCUGCAGGAUGAACUGGAAGCGAAGGAGAAGGAGAAGCUGUGCGUGUUGGACAACAACAAGUGUUUGACGGAAGAGCUGGAAGCGGUCAAGACCGGCAGCAAGACACUGGAGGAGGAGAAACAGCGACUGGUGGAAGAGUGCGACGCGUUGAGGGUUGAGAUCGACAAGGUGCGAACGGAGAGCGACUACCUCAAGGGCAAGCAGACCGAGCUGAAGGCCAAGCUGGAGCGGGAAAAGAACGCCGUUCAGGAACAGAACGACACGCUGCACAAGGAGAUUGACGCGAUGAAAAACAGCAACCAGAACCGGCUGACGGAGCUGGAGUCGUUGAUCAAGAAGGCUAAUGAAGAGAAGCAAUCGUUCAGCAAGAACGCCACCGACCUUGAGAAGAAGCUGGAGAACUACGAGGAAAUUAAGAUCGAGAACGAAUACCUCAACACGUUGAUCAAACAGUUGGAAGGAGAGCUUCACACGGUGAAGGACGAGCGGACAAAGCUUCAGACAGCUGCCACCGGCAAAGACACUGAACUCAACGGACUCAAGCUGAAGGUCAGCCAAAGCGAGGCGAUCGUCGAAGGGAAGGAUCAGGAGAUUAAGAAGCUGAUCAACGAGUUCGUGGUGAAGGAAAACGAAAUGAAGGCGAAGAUUUUGACGCUGGACCACGGCAAGACGGAAGCGGAGAAGCGCGCGACAGACGGAGCGGCUUCAUGCGACAAGUUGAGUGAGGAGCUGAAGGGUGAGCAGAACCGAUACGUGGAGGAGAAGAAAGACUUCGAAAGCCGGCUUGCGGAAGCCGUAAAACUGCAGGAAGAACUGAAGAGCGAGCUGGACAAAAACAAGACCGUGCUGGCGUUGUUUACGGACGAGAAGAAGAGCCUGCAGGACCAGCUGGAUGAACUGAGAGAGGAGCUGGAGCAGCGAAGCAAGACGGGCGGAACCGCCCAGGAAGAGGUUGAGCGGUUACGCAAGGAACUCCAGCAGGCGCACGAACUCAAGCUGGAAAACGACAACUACGCCCGCGACCUGGACGAGCUGAAAAGCGAACUCAACGUAGCGAUGGCCGAGAAGCUCGAGCUUAUGCAGCAGCACUCGCAGCUCAAGGACCGGCUGGAGAACUUCAGCGCAGAGACGGAACAGAACGUGCAACAGUUUCAAGCCGAAAUUGAACAGCUGCGGCAACAACAAACGCCGAGCAGUGAAUCUGCGCUGGAUCAGACCAAAGCGGUCGACGAGUUGCGGAACAAGAAGGAGGAGCUGGAGAACAAGCUGAAGAAGAUUAUGCAUGAGGUGCAGGACGUGUCCAACCGGAACCUGUUCCUGGAGCAAAAGUGCGAAAACUAUCUGAUUCUGGAGCAGUCGAACGAGCGGUUGAAGCUGCAGAACGACAAGCUGUCACGGCAGUUGGACGAGACUUUGGUUUCAAUGCAUCACAAUGAGGGUAUCGCAGCCAACACCGAGUUCGAGUAUCUCCGGAAUAUUUUAUUCCAGUACCUCAGCGGCAACGUGAACGGUAACAACAACACGCUGGUCAAAGUGAUAGCCGCCGUGCUCAAGUUCACUCCUCAGCAGACGCAGGUCGUGUUGGAAAAGGAAGCUCACAGGCGGUCAUUGAUGGGCCAAAUCAACAAUCUUCUAUAGCAGGAAAAAUCCAACGCCGCUGUCCAGCAGCAGCUGCUUCAUCCCCGCACCAGCGCGAGCACCACUCGCUACCGGUUCUACUAGGAACGUCGUCCCGCCAAGGUUCGUGCAUUCUGCGUGUUUGUGUGUGACUUGAAGACUGACUUUGAGCAGCGAACCGUCAGCAUCUCUCCGGAGUGGAAUUUUGCGUUCCUUCCUCUCAUGAAAUUUUUUAAACUCGUUAAAUUAUUACCCAUAGCAAAUGUGUUCACCAAGUCAUACAAAAUCUGACCCCACCCCUCCCUCACGACCGAGAGUUGACGAAGAAGUACCCCCCGUCAAAAAACGUAGCAUAAUUCAAAGCCAAUCAAAAUCAAACUCAAAGCACGAUUACUAGCUAAAAUAUUGCAAGAAAAAAAAAGCGGCCCAGAUUAUUGCGCUUCGUUCCUCCGUUGCAACAAUGGCCAUGCUCAGGCACCACAACGCGCGCGUUACUUCUUUAGACUAGACAAAUUCUAAGAAACUCAACACACGUUCUGUAAAACCUUAUUUAAACUUGGUAGUGCAAUUUCCCCACCCACAGAAAACAAAAAGUUUAAGCUGCUGUUCCCUAAACGGACACAACCAACUUAUUUUUUUCUUUUAUGUUGUAGUUUUUAAGUUGACAUUUAGCAAUUAUAUGUUGUGCAUUUUCUACCCGUCUGUGACUUGAAGAAGAACUUUAUGUAUACUUUCUGUUAUCGAAUGCUUUUUUUCAAAAAAAGGGAUGUAUCUAUUAACAUUAUAUUGUGAAAUUUUUUUUUUAUUAGAACUAUGUAUUGUAACAAAUAAAAAGCAAGAAGAUUGGAGAACAAAAUGAAGG